AUGUGGGGCAAAACGGCCGAACUGCCGAACAUUCGGUCGCCACCAACGCGGCAUGUUUCCAAUUUGUUGGUCUCGCCGGGGGGUCUUAAUCAUUCACUUCAGCUUCGAUAUAUCGUUCAACCGGUUGACUGUGCCUUUCGAGGUAACAUACUUUCGACCAUGGCGCCUCCUUUGAACAUCCUGCUACGCGCUCUUGUCGCUUUUGAGGAUGUCAUCAUCCGACAGAUCCUCCGAAGCCCCGGAUUCCAUCGCGGCGUCGGCCGAAUCCAUCGGUAUAUCGACGAGAAGCAGAAUGGACCACUGCCCCAUGAGCCACUGCGCCAGGGCCAGGCGUCGGCUGAUCCUGAGGGACGAGGUUUCGGUCACUAUUUUAUCCAAGAGCUGAAGAACCAAUUUCGUGGCACGCCGACAGAUGCGCCUCCGCCACCUGGGCCUCCGAAGCGAUGA